UCAGACCCAUUUGCCUUUCCUCAUAUAUUCUUCAAUUAAAGCCUUCUCUUUGUUGUCCUAUCGAAGAAGAAGAAGACUGAAAUUACAUCAUCAUUUUCAUAUUCAUAUCCAUGGAUGGUGAAGAGGCCAAACAUGUAAUUAAUAAUGACAGGAAGGUCGUUCCAGUCACGCAACCCAGCCAGAUUGACUCAGAUCUCACCUUUGCAAUGACAAUACAAGAACAGGAAAGGCAGUUUCUCGUGUCCAUAAUGGAGGAAAGUGAGAAUUAUGAAUUCAGUGACGAAGAUGAAGAUGAUGAUGAUGACGCUGAAGCUGAUCCUGGCUAUGGGCUUGUUGAUGAGGAAUUCCUUGAAGCUGACAUAUUAUAUCCAGAAGGAGAAGGAGAAGAAGAAGAAGGUAGCAGCGAGGAUGAGGACAUGGAACAAGACGAGAUAGACCCAGAUGAAAUGUCUUACGAAGAGUUGCUUGAGCUUGGAGAAACUGUUGGGUCAGUGAACAAAGGACUGUCAGCCAACGAACUCGCCAAUUCACUUCGUCCCUAUGAAAAUAAAUUCAAGCUGAAGAGGGAAGAUGUGGUAGAUCGGUGUGUGAUUUGUCAAGAUGAAUACAAAGAUGGAGAAUCACUUGUAAUGCUUUCAUGUGAGCAACCUUACCAUUCCGAUUGUAUAAGCAAAUGGCUUCAAAUUAAGAAGGUUUGCCCAAUAUGUAGCAAUGAGGUUUCCUCAUCAAGCAAAUGAGAUGACCAACAAAGAUGAAGCUACAUCUAUUGAUGGUUGACCCACAAGUCAAUAAUCAUCAAUUUCUACCAAAUGGUGGUGAUACACUAACAUACGAGGACUAAAAUAAGGCAAGCAUGGUGUCACAUAUAAGAAGUUGUUAGAAGAUCACUGAUUUUGUACAGAUUCAAUAUAUAUAAUUUGUACAUGUAUUCUUGUUAUUUUUCUAUUAUUUAGGUCACAUAAUUUGGUAAGCUUAUAUGUGCAUAUUUGUUAUAAACAAUACAUUCUUCAUUCUCUUCUCACACAUUGUGAGAGAGACAGUCUUAGAUCUCCACCAAAGUUAUAUAGGACCACCAACCUCCUAAAUUUAUUACAACUGUUUCUCCUUUUUAUUCUUCAUGCAAUAAUUUGUGAAUAAGGUUAUUAGAUGGAGAAGUGAAGUUGAAAUUGGUGAUUAGCUUGUGUCCAUGCCAAAUAUAUCGAGUUCGGUGAAUCUUUACGUACGUGAACGUCCUUGGUCUGUGGAUAUGACAUCUAUUUUCGCUCUCAAAUGUAUCUAUGGUGUUAUAUAUUAUGGUGACUAUAUUAAUGACUCU